AUGGCAAGUCGGAAGUUGAAGAAGUUAGCGGAGGAUAAGCUGAUUCUCAAGCGGGUGUUGGCAACACGAGAUGUGGUGGAAGGGUUCGUGGAGGAGUACGACCAUGAACGGGACGUCGGUGAAGUUGCUGUGCGUUUGGAGACGCUCAACAGGACAAACAGGGAGUUCCUGCAUAUCCAGUCCGAAAUCGAGAAGUUAGACUCGGAGGAGAACUUCGACCAACACAUGACGGUACGGAAUGAUUUCGAGAAUCGCUUCUGCAGGUUGAAGGCCUUUCUCCUCGCCAAGAAAUCAACGGAGCGGAGUCAACCGCUUCUGAAUUCAACAAUGGCGUCAUCAACCUUUGGACCACAGCAUAACGCAUCCAGUUUCCACCAUCGCUUGCCGAAAAUCGACCUGCCCAAAUUCUCUGGAGACGAAUCACGCUGGAUUUCGUUCCGAGACAACUUCCUAUCCAUGAUCCACGGCAAUGUGGAUAUCCCAACGGUGAACAAACUGCAAUACCUUCUGCAGUCAUUGGAAGGAGAAGCCAGGAAGCCGUUUGAGAGUGUCGACAUCCAAGCGGACAACUACGCUCCAACCUGGGACGCGCUCAUGAAGCGAUACGAUAAUAAGCGGUUUUUGCGAAAGGAGUUGUUCCGGCGGUUGUUCGAACUGCCAACGAUGAAGCGCGAGUCAGCACAGGAGCUGAACACUCUGGUGGAUGAUUUCCAGCGGCACGUGAAGGCUCUGGGAAAACUCGGUGAACCAAUUCAACAUUGGAACACCCCGCUGACAUUCAUCCUCUGCAACAAGCUCGAUCCCUAUACGUUGCGUGCAUGGGAGCAGGAAACUCGACAGAAAGACGAGGUGAAGUACGACGAACUGAUCGAGUUCCUCACGCAACAAGUCCGCAUGUUGAAAUCAGUAGCGAGUGAUCUCCAGUAUCGUUCCCAAGGGCCCAGCAUCAAGGUGGCCGGUCCGACUCCGAAGAUACCCACCACAGUCAAGUCCAUCGUCAACAGUGCCACCAAUGAACCCAUGUCGGAUGCUCCACCAUGCCACGCCUGCUCACAGAAGCACCAGCUGUUUCAAUGUCCGACGUUUGCUAACCUGUCUGUCGUGCAGCGUCGUGAGUUGAUCUCACAGCGAAGUUUGUGUUGGAACUGUUUCCGACCGAACCACCAAGCGAAGGUGUGCAAAUCCAAGUUUUCGUGCAGAACGUGCCACGCCAAGCACCAUACGUUGCUGCACGGCCAAGCAGCCCUUCCAGAGCCCAUACCGAACCCUGUCGGCUCGUCGAAUAGCUCUACGCAGCAACCGAUUCCAACCACGUCAGCGAACGUGGGGACCGAUGGAUCGUCGAAUCCACCACAAGUGAACCUCUCCGUUCAGUCAAGCAGAAGUACGGUCCUACUGGAAACGGUUGUCCUCUCCAUCGUCGACAAGCACGGCAAGGAAAUCACUGCCCGAGCACUCCUCGAUUCUGCUGCGAUGUCAAACUUCAUCACCAAGAAGCUGGCAAACACUCUUGCCACCCGUCAAGUCGCCGUUGAUGUUGCAGUAGCAGGAAUUGGAGAAUCCACGAAGCAGAUCAAGCGGCAGAUCUCCGCAACGAUCAAAUCCCGAAUCACGCCUUUCUCCACCACACUCGAAUUCCUAAUCAUGAAGAAGCCCACAUGUGUGCAGUGCAUAACGGUGAUACAUGUGGUGUCUCCCUGGUAA